AAAAGUCAUUGUAUAAACAUAAUUAGCAUUAGACAAUAUACAGAAACUCCACCAAAUAUAAAAGUCAACAUUGUACAAUUAAAACUAAUUACUUUGUUUCCUUCACCUCCCAAGAGUCUCCUAUAGGGAAAAAGAAAAAGAAACCAGACAAAUGGUUAAGACUGUGUAUGUGGCAUCUCUGGUUUCCUCUAUAGUUGUCAAUCUGUUGUUUAUGAUCAUCAAUAUAUACGUGGGUGGUGAAUGGAGCCUGAGUUGGAGCUCAAAAGCUGCAGCUGAAGCUGAAGCAGUGGCAGAAAUAGCUUGCUCAGGGCAUGGAAGAGCUUACCUGGAUGGCUUAGUUGGUGAUGGAAAUGAACCAGUUUGUGAAUGCAACACAUGUUACACUGGCCCUAACUGCUCUCACUUCAUACCUCACUGCACAGCGGAUGCUGAUAGUGGAGAUCCAUUGUUUCUGGAACCCUUUUGGAUGCAACAUUCAACUAGUAGUGCACUGGUAGUAUCAGGGUGGCAUCGAAUGAGCUAUAACUUUCAUGACAACACUCUCAUCUCACAACAUCUGGAAAGCCUCAUCCGCAAACUACACGCAUUCGUAGGGAAUGCAGUCACACAAGAUAGAUAUAUCGUUUUCGGUGCCGGUUCAACCCAAGUCCUUAGUGCCGCAGCUUACGCAUUGUCUCUUGCAAAUUCAAGCUCCUCCCACUCACCUACACGAGUUGUUGCUUCAGUCCCUUACUACGCGCUCUACAAACAACAAGUUGAAUAUUUUAAUUCCGAAAAGUUCAAGUAUGAAGGAGAUGCUCAUACAUGGAGGAAUAGAUCAGAGUCAGAUGCUAGUACAAAUGUGAUUGAGUUUGUAACCUCACCAAACAAUCCUGAUGGACUGUUAAACAAAGCUGUUCUUCAUGGCCCUAAUGUCAAAACAAUUUAUGACCGUGCUUAUUAUUGGCCACAUUUUACACCAAUUCCAGCUCCUGCUGAUGAAGAUCUCAUGGUGUUUACACUUUCCAAACUUACUGGUCAUGCUGGUAGCAGAUUUGGGUGGGCAGUGGUAAAGGAUGAAACUGUGUUUAACAAAAUGGUAUUACACAUGCAAGUCAAUUCCAUAGGUGUUUCAAAAGAUACUCAGUUAAGAGCAUUUAAGCUUUUGAAAGCAAUCCUAGAAGAGGAAGCCCAAAUAUUUGACUUCGCAUACCAGACAAUGAAGAGCAGAUGGGAAAGAUUGGCCACCACCUUAUCCUUUUCGAACCGCUUCUCUCUUCAGAAAAUUAAUCCUCAAUACUGCUUUUUUUACAAUAAAGUCAGAGAGUCUUCUCCAGCUUAUGCAUGGGUAAAAUGCGAGAAGGAAGAAGAUAAGGACUGUUAUACAGUUCUCAAGGCAGCUAAUAUCAUUGGUCGUAAAGGAAAUGUGUUUGGUUCAGAUGAUAACUAUGUUCGACUCAGCCUGGUCCGAAGCCAAGAUGAUUUCGAUAUAUUAAUACAACGUUUACAAAAAUUAGUCUCAGAGGAAGACGGAGCCAUAAGUAUGUGAAGAAUGACAUCAACAUUUGUUGAUUAAAACCUUCCAUCGCUUGCAUAUAUAAUCGUUUGUAUUACAAUAACAUGGAUAGAGAGAGGUCAAGCAGUCCAUUGACCUUCUUUAUCAGUGAUAAGAGAGGGAAAGGGUUCAUGUCAAUUAACCUGUUAGAUCUGUAUUUUUUGAAGAAUAGACAUGUCUAUUGAACUUGUGAUGUGUAUAUGUGUCUGUCGAUACUUGAUGCAUCACUCAAUUGUUCAAACUUGCUUGGGAAAUAUUUAUCACAAAUAUGAUAAUGAAUAUGAAUAUUCUUUAACGAAUAUUCUUAAA